AAAAUUUGGGAUAUUCCUGACAACAAUGCAGUGGGGCCGCCUGUCGUAAAAGUCAAUGGCAACUUUGUCAUCUGAAAACCGAAACCAUGCAUAUUUACAUAUGUAUUGAGAAACUGAAAAACCAAGCCGUCUCAAUCGCCUAACUCGACUGACACUGCUAUUGCUUGGGCAACCUCUUUUUCCCCCGUAUUUCUACUAUCUGCUAAAACCAAUUUGCUCUGGAGCCAUUAAUUUGGCGAAUCAUAUCAAUGGCCUACCCAGAAGAUCCUUCAGAGGAAGUGGAGAUCAUGGUCCAUUCUGAGCCCGAGCAGGAGUCGACUUCAAGACCAGACAUCAAGCACAGGCUAUACAUUUCCCAUUUUCUCUCGACAUGGAACUCUCGCGCCUUUGAAUUCGGCGCGAUCCUAUUCGUGGCAGCAUGUUUCCCGGGAACGCUUCUUCCAACCUCAGCAUAUGCAUUGGCGCGAGCUGCUUCCGCCGUGGCAUUUUCUCCCGCAGUGGGACGAUACAUUGACACCACGGAUCGUCUGAAAGUCGUUCGAUUAUCAAUUUUGGUCCAGCGAACUGCUGUCAUCGUCUCCUGCGUAGGACUCAUAGUCCUAUGGUCAGGCUGGGCAUCUUCCCUGACCUCUCGAUCAUGCAUUCUAGUGGUACUUUCUCUACUGGGCUGCUUCGAGAAGCUCGCAUCUAUCAUGAAUUUGGUAUCUGUGGAAAGAGACUGGGUAGUCACCAUCGCAGAGAAGGACGAGGAAUUACUCCGAGUACUCAACUCCCAAAUGCGGCGAAUCGAUCUGCUGUGUAAACUUGCAGGACCACUAGCCAUUUCGCUGCUGGACGGUCUAUCCACCAAAAUCGCGAUCUUUUUCGUUUUGGGAUCGAAUCUUGCAACGGUAGCUAUUGAGUAUUUUGCCAUUGUCAAGGUCUACAACGUCAUGCCAUCUCUCCAACUAACCUCCUCUUCACCACACCCACACGAAGACCCACUACACACACCCGCCGCAGCUCCUCAACAUCCGUCGGACCAACAUUCCCCUCUAUUCAACCACCCAGAAAAUCCCUCACCGCGCGUCCAACCCAAGACACACCGCAAUCGCAAUCGCAAUCACAAUCACAACCUCUGCGGUCUACACAGUCUUAUCCGCUCUCUGGCCUUCUACUUCCGCCACCCAGUCUUCCUACCAUCCAUGGCCCUCGCACUGCUUUACUGCUCUGUCCUGUCCUUUUCCGGACAAAUGGUCACCUACCUUUUGUCCGUGGGCUACCAGUCGAGCCACAUUGGUCUGAUGCGCACAGUGUCCGUUGUUUUCGAAAUCUCAGCAACAUGGAUCUCGCCCAAAAUCAUGGCGCGACUUGGGCCCACACGCGCCGGACUCUGGGGGAUUAAUUGGCAACUAAUAUGGGUUGGUCUGGCUGCUGCGGCGGCGUCUCUCUCGGGCGCUGGCUCGCAUGGCGCGACCGCUUCAUCACUGGCGGCGGCAGGACUCGUGGGAGGCGUGAUAGUGAGCCGCGUCGGGCUUUGGGCGUUUGAUCUGUGCGUGCAGAUGAUUGUGCAGGAGGAAGUCGAGCCGGAGAACCGCGGGCGAUUCUCGACGCUGGAAUCGUCGUUUCAGAAUGGCUUUGAGCUGUUGUCGUAUGCCUCGACGCUGAUCUUUUCGCGGCCGGACCAGUUCAAGUAUCCUGUGCUGAUGAGUGCGGUGGCAGUCUUGGUUGCGAGUGCGCUGUAUGCUGCGUUUGUCAGGCAGCGGAGGGGACAUCUCUUGCAUAUGCCGCGGUGUUUGAACCUCAAGGUUCAUCAUCAUCAUCAUGGUGAGAGGGGUUUGUCUCAUGGGAAUAGCAGGGGGUGGGGUUUUGCGGGAGUGGAUGGUGGGCGAGGCUGGGAACGCGUGCGCCAGUCAGAUGAGUGGGAAGAGGAUGUGUAAAGGAUUUGUACGCGACUGAUUAGAUUUCAGCAAAUCCCAGCCAAGCUUGUAAGUUAUUAUUGUUAUGACGAUGAUGAUGAUGACGGUGAGGAUCAUAAAAAAGAUAGAUCUGAUCCGAAUGAACAUAGAAUAGACCACGAAAAACCGUAUUAUCUAUGGAGACGUAUUCCGUCGCAUAUAAUAAUGCUAAAAAUGGCUGUUCGUAAAUCAUGAUCUGUAGUGAAAAAGGGAAC